AUGGACUCCCCGGCCCUGUUACGCUUCACUGCAGUGACGGGAUAUUUCCAACAGGAUGACCCCGCUACUGACCCCGACACUUUCGACUACGUGAAAUCAAAUUUCGGUCUCAUCGAAAAACUCUACGAUGAGCACGACGGGGUGGAACAGACUGACAGCCAAUGGCGGCGUUUUGAUGCCCACAUUCAACGCCUGAACGACAGCGAGACUAAAAAGCUCAAAGUCCUCUUUCUCGGACGCCAUGGUGAGGGAGUCCACAACGUUGCCGAGCGCAAGUAUGGUACCAAGAAGUGGGAUGACUACUGGUCUCUCCAAGACGGAGACGAGGACGGUAACUGGGUCGAUGCCCGUCUUACUGCACAGGGAAGAUGCCAGGCACAAGUCGCGCAUGCAGCUUGGGAGCAACAGAUACAGGCUGGCAUCCCGUCACCCGAGUCCUACUACGUGAGCCCCCUGAACCGGUGCCUUGAAACGGCGCAAAUUACGUUUCAGGGACUUACGAUCCCGAACACGGAUCCUUUUAAACCGACCAUCAAAGAGCUCCUCCGUGAGACGAUGGGCCAGCACACCUGUGACCGUCGCUCAACGGCCUCGGAGAUCGCAGAAGAAUACCCUCAGUACGGGUUUGAAGCAGGAUUUUCCGAGGAAGACAAGUUAUGGGAUCCUGAAGUCCGCGAGUCGAACGAGCAUCGCAACGAACGGCUUCGCUGUCUUUUGAACGAUAUAUUUACCCAUGAUGAGAAGGUUGUGGGCCAUCGACGAUUUGCCUUGGCAACUGGUGCAGUGAUCCCUGUGCUCGUUGCCGUGGAAAAGGGCCCCCCCGGGCAGAUAGAGUCGCAGUCAUUGUAG